AUGAAAACGGAACCAGUUAGCGAACCCGCAGAGGAGAUGAAGGAAAGUUCACCAAAUUCUGAUUCUGUUAAAAAUACUAAUUGUUCUAGUUUGUGUACAGAGUCAGUAAGAACUGAAGAGAAGUCUAAAGAGGAUGAUGAAUCACAUCGAAGUGCUGCUGAUAAUGUUAUUUCUGAUAAAAAUGGCCGUUAUGCUCGGAACUGUGUUUUUCUUGGAGAGCAUAAUGUGUCAUCUGAGGAAUUUGAGACAUUUGUUUCAAAUAACUCAGAAAACAAUUCUGAUAAUUCAGAAUACUACACCUAUAUGUCUGAAUCAUUGAAUGACACAUCAGAUGCUCCCUGCAGGUCAUCUGACGAUCUUGGCAAUCAAACAGAGGAUUCAGGAAUCUCAGAUAAUGAGCUCAAAUCUUCAAACGUUUCCGAUUGUGAUGAUCAAUCAGAAUCUAGCAGCAUUGCCAAAGAAGACGGUCAAACUGUCUUAGACACAGACUGCUCAUCAUCUGAGUUACCAGAAUCAUCUAAUGUCGAGAGCUCAGAAGCUGAUCUGACUGAAGAAGAGACAUCCGUAGAGUCCAAGUCUGUAGAAACCCAUGGAAACAUGGAAACUAUGGAGAAGGAAUCCAUAGAAAUCAAUUCCACAGUCGAAUCAGAUGAUGAAACUGUAGAAGAAAUUAUUGUGGAAACCUUCUCUACAGACUCUCCUGAGGACAUGGUCUCUAAAGAAAGGAAAAUGUGA